AUGGUGAUGGAAAGAAAUGUCCGAAUUGUUCAGUACUGCAAUAUUGAAAAAAAUGAUAAUGAUAACUCUCUCCAAGUAAAAGAGAAAAAUGGGAGUCCUUGCCAGGGAAACUUUGGUGCAAAGAAGUUCUGUGAUGAGAGAAAUGAUAUUCUGCCUCCACUACAACUUCAGGAGUAUGAUGGAAACACAAAGAUAAAGGCUGUGCAUGAGGACCCUCAAAAAAGCAACUCUUCUACUUUCAAAGACAAAAAAGAGCAUGUGAAAUGUCAUGAUGAAUACCAAGAAAAAAGUCUUGAAGUGAGAGAAAUGUCUUACACACAAAAUGAAGUCUUGGAGCCUUGGCUUAAAGUCACAUACAUCAAAAAAUGGGCCCCAAUCUUUGUCCAGAAUGCUACUAGUGCCUCUACAUUAGAAAAUAAGCACCUGCAGAUUCGUGCAAAGAACAAUAAAAAGCUGGUCAUGAGGAAGAGAUAUGAUGUCUCUAAGCAAGCUCUUAACCUUGAAAGGUUCUUCUAUAACUCUGGUAUGGCUGACUAUAGUAAUUCUAGAUCAUGGGACUGUCUGGGAGGAAUAUAUAGGGAUGACUUGAUUCAUCGUGAAAAUGACAUGUUUCUGAAUCAAAGAAGCUGCAUGGUUGCUACACUGCAGAUUAUCCAAGAGAAUUUCUCUGAGCUGAAUUCAACAUGGGAGUUGAAGAAGGUGGAAGAGUUGAAACUAGAAGAGCUGAGGCUAGAAGAAAACCCCUCGUGCGGUACCUUCUCAGAUGAAUCUGACCAUGUCCCUCGCCUGUCUCAGACUGCCUUCAGGGCUGUCCCUCCUCAUGUGGAGGGCGGCCUGAGGUGCUGGGCUAUAUCCUCAUAUUUUCUGUUCUGGGCCUUUGUUGGGAAAGCUGCUCUUCUUGGGAAGGAACCUGAAGACUCCCUGGAUGACUGGUCUCGAAGUGGAAUACUUCUGGGAUAUAGAGAAGGCCAGGAAUUAUUCCCAGCAAUUGCAUCUGACAAUGAAGUUCCAGCACUGAUAAAACCAUGUGAGGAAAGCUAUAAAGGAUCUGAAACUCUGAAGAAUCUGGUGGUACAAUUUCUAUUUCAGUAUUACUUGAUCUAUGACUAUGGAAAUCGAUAUGACCUCCUCAGUGCUUACCAUGAUGAAGCUUGCUUCUCUUUGACCAUUUCCUUCAACCACAGUGACCCACACCAAACAAGUUUGAAAGAUUACUUCAAGUAUAACAGAAAUAUAAAGUGGUUCAAGAACUCUUUUUUGAAGAUGCAGCUGUUAAAGCAUACAAAAUUUGAAAUUGUGUCCUGCCUCGAUGAAUUACCCAAAACUCAACAUGACUUUAACUCCUAUGUGGUGGACAUGUGUACAUACAUGGAAAACAUGAUUAGCUUUUCUGUCAAUGGGAUGUUCAAGGAAGUGGAAGGGAAGUUUGAGGGAUGUGUUCGUGCUUUCACCCGGACCUUCAUCUUAACAUCUGACAGCUAUUCCAAUCUGUGUAUUGUGAAUGAUGAGAUGACUGUGAGCAAUGUCAGUCCAAAUAAAAUGAGGAGUUCCUUCUCCAGUACCCUGUUCACAACCUCCUCCAACUCAGUGGUCACCCUCACAGAGAAUCAGCAAGAAGUGGGACCAGAUUCCUCAGUCCAAUAUGAGUGA